CUGCCCACCGGGCCGCUAUUUUGUUGACAUGUAGCCUUCUCUGGGUCGUGGGUCCUUCUCUUACCCUCUCGUGCCCCUCGCCUCCUCGCGCGCAGCCUGCCGUCGGGUGGCGACGGUGAGACACGGGCUGCGCUCCGAACCGCGCGGCUUGACCACUUAGCGGUCCUGCCCCGUUGGGCCCUCUCCCUGCGGACCUGCGGGCGCUCAGGUGUGGACAACUUCCAGGAGAGCAGCCGGGCUGCCGCGCCGCCCCAGCGCCCAGCGAGCGGGCGCCUUCCGCAAGUGCCGGGGGACUUCCUCAGGGCUCUCUUGGACCAGCAGAAAAUGUUUGCUGACCCCUGAUGAGAGUAGGUAAUGAUUACUACCAAAAGAGAAAGAAGAAAUACAUUUUCGGGAAAUGGCCUCUAAAUCAUGGCUGAAUUUUUUAACCUUCCUUUGUGGAUCAGCAAUCGGAUUUGUUUUAUGUUCUCAGCUACUUAGUAUUUUUUGGGGAGAACAGAGGGACCUCCAGCCUAAUAUUCUUCAUAAUGAUCCUCAUGCUAGGCAUUCAGAUGAUAAUGAACAGAAUCAUCUAGAAGGACAGAUGAACUUUGAUGCAGAUGCUAGCCAACAUAAAGAUGAGAACACUGACAUCGCCGAAAACCUCUAUCAGAAGGUUAAAAUUCUUUGCUGGGUAAUGACAGGGCCUCAAAAUCUAGAGAAAAAGGCUAAACACGUCAAAGCUACAUGGGCCCAGCGUUGUAAUAAAGUGUUAUUUAUGAGUUCAGAAGAAAAUAAAGACUUCCCUGCUGUGGGAUUAAAAACCAGAGAAGGCAGAGACCAACUAUACUGGAAAACAAUUAAAGCUUUUCAGUAUGUUCAUGAUCAUUAUUUAGAAGAUGCUGAUUGGUUUAUGAAAGCAGAUGAUGAUACAUAUGUUAUAUUAGAUAACUUGAGAUGGCUUCUCUCAAAAUACAACCCUGAAGAACCCAUUUACUUUGGGAGAAGAUUUAAGCCCUAUGUAAAGCAGGGCUACAUGAGUGGAGGAGCGGGAUAUGUACUGAGCAAAGAAGCCUUGAAGAGAUUUGUUGAUGCAUUUAAAACAGACAAAUGUACGCAUAGUUCCUCCAUUGAAGAUUUAGCACUGGGGAGAUGCAUGGAAAUUAUAAAUGUAGAAGCAGGAGAUUCCAGAGAUACCACUGGAAAAGAAACUUUUCAUCCCUUUGUACCAGAGCACCAUUUAAUUAAGGGUUAUCUGCCUAGAACCUUUUGGUACUGGAAUUAUAACUAUUAUCCUCCUGUAGAGGGUCCUGGUUGCUGUUCUGAUCUUGCAGUUUCUUUUCACUAUGUUGAUCCUACAACUAUGUAUGAGUUAGAAUACCUCGUUUAUCAUCUUCGUCCAUAUGGUUAUUUAUACAGAUAUCAACCUGCCUUACCUGAGAAGAUGCUAAAGGAAAUAAGUCAAACAUACAAAAAUGAAGAUACAAAAGUAAAUCAGGAGCCCUUGAAAGAAAAACAUAAAUGAAUAGAGGUAAAAUGUCUAGCAUUGCACUGAAGAAGAACUUCUCCAUUUCUGAUAUAGAACACUGGAAUCCCAGUGAGGAAUUCUUUCUAAGUGAACAUUCCAUAUUAGAAAUUUUUCAUAUGAAUGACUGUAAACUGAAGCUUUAAGUGAGCUGUGAAGUCUAUUGAAAUGUGUUUUGAUACAGUAAUAUAUAUACCUAUAUGAAAAACUUGUGUUUUUAAAAUGGUGGCCAGGCAGAGGAACUAGAAGAGUUUUUGUUGCCGGUUCCUGACCACAUGUAUUAUUUUCACUGAGAAACUAAAGCAGUUAAAUUUGCUAAAACUACA